GUCCCCGGCUGCGCGCUCUCUCAGCGCUUCGGCCACCCCUACGUUGGUGGAAUGUCCCGGUAACGACGAUGAGAGGGAAAGGCGGCAGCGUCGGCGCUCGCGGGCGGUGGAUCUGCAGCUCGGCGGCACCGAAUCGCCGCUCAGUCUCUGCUCUCCGGUGCCCAGGCAGGCGGACUCGUCGUUGCCGGCCUUGUCGGGAUGGACGAACGCGCAGAUCUCGGAGCAUUACUCUGCCUGCAUCAAGCUGUCCGCUGAGAACAAAAUCAACACCAGGAAUGUUUUUGGCUUACAUCUGAUAGACUACAUGACAGAUAUACUGAAACAGAAGGACUCUGAGCUGACCAACUUCAAGAUGGCAGCUGGCACCAUCGAUGCCAGCGUGAAGAUCUACGCCGUGCGUGUGGAUGCGGUCCAUGCAGACACGUACAAAGUUCUUGGAGGCUUAGGCAAGGAGUCAGCACCUGCAAAAGAAGUGGGCAGCCCAGAAGAAGAAGAAGACAGUACAGCUUCCAGUUCUGCCAAGAGAGUUCAAACAAAGAAGAAGCACUCCUUCAAAACGAUUGAACAGAACUUGAACAACAUCAAUGUGACAGAGGCCAAUCGGAGAUGUGAGGUUGACCCCAUGUUCCAGAAAACAGCAGCAUCUUUUGAUGAAUGCAGCACAGCUGGCAUCUUCCUCACCAGCCUACGUACACAGAGUUGUCACAGUGAGCUCCUUUUUGACUCCAACAUUGUGCCUCUCCCAUCUUCGGAAACCCUCGUCCUGCCCAACAGCGAUCCUGUGAAGGUGACAGAUUUGAAGUUGCUGCUAGAAAAGUGUGUUUUAAAACGCCCCAUCUACUCUGCGCUGGCUGAUUUCCAGUUCACGCACUGGGACGCCGCAUCCCAUGAAGAGUCAGUAUCAGCCCUGCUGGAUAAAUUUAAGAAGAGCGACCAAGUGUUCGAUAUCAAUGCAGAAAGAGACAGUGAUGUGGAAGAUGGUGUUCCUGCCCCGUCCGAUGAUGACUUCACUGUGGACUCCCCCAGGAGUGUAACAACAGAAAAGAUUGGGGAAUUUGCAGGAAACAAAUCCCUCGUGGCACUCUGUGAGAGCAAGAGAAUUGAUGCAGUUUCUUUUGGGGAAGGAGACAUUGGGACCAUGUGCCUUCAUCUCUCCAUGAAACCAGGGGAAUACUCCUACUUCAGCCCCCGAACUCUGUCAAUGUGGGCUGGCCCAGAGCACUGGCGUUUCAGACCUCGACACAAAUCAAGUGCUGACUCUGAGAAAGAGAACAAGAAGAAGAAGGCAAAGAGAGCAUUUGAAGUGAACUUUGAUGAGGAUGUUGACUUUGAGACGUAUUUCCGUAAGACCAAGGCUGCUUUAACUCUGAGCAAAUCCAUUCUGGAAAACCAGAACGUAAAGAGCACCACACUUCCUGCAGACUUCAACUACAACCCUAACAACAUUGUCCAGCUAUUCCUUAAACCAGCUGCUAAGCUCUUCAGGCUGCCUAAGCCAGGCAGCUCAUUGGAUCACGAAGAUGAGAUCGGUGAAUAUGAUUACAAUAACCCCAAUGACACCUCCAAUUUCUGCCCUGCAGCACAGGCUGCAGAUAGUGAUGAUGACAACGACCCCGUCCAAUUCAUGGGCCAAGCAGACUUCAACCUCACCUCUCACCCUGAGGGUCACGAUCAUGAGCUCAACGGGGUUGAAGGUGUUGAUAUCACAAUGUAUGGGGAGCUAAACCUCAUUGCUGAGCCUCAGAAGGUCAAUAAGAUAGCAAUUCAGUAUGCAAAGACAGCCAAGAAAAUGGACAUGAAGAGGUUGAAGCAAAACAUGUGGGACCUUCUUAUUGAUAUACAGAAAAACACAGCGGCAGAGAUUGAAGACGUGGAGAAACAGAGUGACACAUCAGUGGUGACAGGGGAGAAGGCCUUCAGCAGCAUCACAAAGGAACUGCUUCACAGGUUGCCUUCUGUGAUGGCUAAAAAUCUGUCUGUCCCUUUAGCCUUUGCCUGCCUCUUGCACUUGGCAAAUGAGAAGAAUCUGAAACUGAAUGGCACAGAGGACCUGUCUGAUGUCAUUGUGAAACAAGGAGACUGAGCUGUGUGUGGAGCAGCUCACCCAGGCUGACCCCCAGGCUGGAGCUUUGCUCCCCCGAUGGACAGCGCUCCUUCUGCAGCAGUGGCAGCUUUUCCUCCUCCCAGGAUUGUUGCUGAGAAGGCCCUCAGAUCUGCACACCUCAGGAAAACUUGUUAAAUGGGGGAUGUGAUCUCACCUACCGAAACCUGGAGGCCAUACAGAUGGACAGCUGCUGCUCAGCCUGCCCUCCUUGAUCCAUUCCCUCUUUCCUGGGUUCAGGAGCAGAGAGCUGCAGUUCCUCUGUGAACCGUUGGUGCCUAGGAGCAGAAUGUUGCUCCGUGUGUCGUUUGUUGUCUGUAACUCAGUACACUGACUGACUUAC